GGCGGAGCCGAGCGCGGCGCGGCGCGACGGAGAGAUGCGGGGGCAGCGGCUGCUACAGCGGCGGGACCAGCUGUUAACGAUACAGGAAAGAUGAUCUAAAUCCUUCACCUUCCGAGCAUUAAAAUCAAGGUUGAGGUGAAAGGACGGGAAGAAAGCAUGGCUGGGCCCGGUACUUUUCAGGGUGGGACUUGGAUAUCCAGAUUUACUCAUCAUCACGUUGUUGUGUUCCUGCUUACUUUCUUCAGUUAUUCACUUCUUCAUGCUUCAAGAAAAACCUUUAGCAAUGUGAAAGUCAGCAUUUCUAGCCAAUGGACUCCAACAUUCUUAAACAAAACUGCUGUGAAACUGGAGCCUGUAGAGCUUUGGGACAGCAGCCAUUUAUUUCCAAAUGCUGAGGAAGCAACCCUUUUCCUAGGAACACUGGACACCAUUUUUCUCUUCUCUUACGCUGUGGGUCUUUUCAUCAGUGGUAUAAUUGGGGAUCGGUUUAACAUGCGAUGGGUUCUAUCAUUUGGCAUGUGCUCCUCUGCAGUAGUGGAAUUUUGCUUUGGCACCCUCACAGAAUGGCUUCAUUUCUAUAACAAAUGGUUCUACUGUUCCUUGUGGAUUUUGAAUGGCCUGCUGCAGUCCACUGGUUGGCCAUGUGUUGUUGCAGUAAUGGGCAACUGGUUUGGGAAAGCUGGACGUGGAGUUAUUUUUGGUCUCUGGAGUGCUUGUGCCUCAGUGGGCAAUAUUUUGGGAGCGUGUCUCGCGUCUUCAGUUUUGCAGUAUGGGUAUGAGUAUGCCUUCUUGUUAACGGCGUCAGUACAAUUUGCUGGUGGAAUUGUUAUCUUCUUUGGGCUUUUGAUAUCUCCAGAAGAAAUUGGUCUUCCAGGGGUUGAGGAAGAAGAAAGUUCUGAAGAUGACCCUUGUAGACCAUUAAUUAACAAUACUGACAGUGAAGAUCAUGAGCCCAAUUAUUCAAUUCAAGAAGUCAGUACAAUCCAUCAGCCCAAGGCAAUCAGCUUUUACCAGGCUUGUUGUCUUCCUGGAGUUAUGCUGUAUUCCCUGGCCUAUGCUUGCUUGAAGUUAGUGAAUUACUCCUUCUUCUUCUGGCUGCCCUUUUAUCUGAGCAACAACUUUAGAUGGAAAGAGGCUGAAGCUGACAAGCUCUCUAUUUGGUAUGAUGUCGGAGGAAUUGUAGGUGGAACUUUACAGGGCUUCAUCUCUGACAUGCUACAGAAAAGAGCACCAGUGCUAGCUGGAAGUCUGCUUCUGGCAAUUGGGUCCCUGGUCGGAUAUAGCCGUUCUCCAAACAAUAAGACUGUUAAUGCACUUCUAAUGACUGUUACAGGGUUUUUCAUUGGAGGACCCUCCAAUAUGAUUAGUGCUGCUAUUUCUGCGGAUUUGGGUCACCAGGAGCUGGUACAAGGGAGCAGUGAAGCUUUGGCCACAGUUACAGGAAUUGUUGAUGGAACCGGGAGUAUUGGAGCAGCAAUGGGCCAGUUUUUAGUGUCUUUGAUUCAGGACAACUUAGGCUGGAUGUGGGUUUUCUAUUUCUUCAUUUUAAUGGUGAGCUCCCUAAGCCAUUUCAGCAAAGAAUCAGACUUGGAAAGGAGUCAGGGACUUGGGUAUGGAAAGGAGCCUGUGACAGUUGAGAAUCAACAUUAGAAAAGUGGUAAGGUCUGGGAGGCAACUGUUUUAUAGAAAAAUGAAAACCAUCUCCAAGGACAUGCAUUCUGUGGUAGUCAUCAGCAUUAAGGGUUGGGGGUGGGGUGAGUGGGUUAAAUUAUGUAAACUAGCUAGCUAGGGGGGAAACGUGCAAUUUUUGAGGUAUUUCUGAUUAUUGAAUUGGUUAGGGAGCAGUUUUCAGCCUCCUUAUUUUCUGUAAUGUGCUGUAUUUAUGGUUUUGGAGAAAGAAUCACUUAUCAACCAGAUUUCUUAAUCAGUUUGUUACUUAUUGCUGACAAAAAGGGAAACCUUCUUCGUGGGCUAACAAGGGAUGGAAGUCAUGGGAAGAGAAGAAUACACUGACUUUUAUGUAUUUUUUUUUUUAAUUUUCAGUUCGAAAUUCUCUCCUUCCAGUCCCUGUGCCAUCACUGAGAAGGCAAACAAUACUAUACCCCUAUACCCAUUAUACGGGUGAUGACUUUUAUACUUUUAAAAGUAUAUAAAUUAGUGGGGUUUUUUUAAUUUAUGUAUUUAAGCAUUUCAUUGUGUGAGCUGUAAGAAUUAGAAUGUUAUUAGUGCCUUAAGAUUCUCUGGGAUAUUGAAUGUUGCCCAGUGAUGGUUCUCUACCAUGUUGGGAGGAUUCAUGGCUUCUCCAUUAGUACACAGACAAGUAACAGCCUCAUUUCUGUCAUGUUGUUUGAGAGCCUUCCUUCCCCUUUGUUUAAUACUGGGCCUAUUUUCAGCUAAGUUUAGAUAAAUUGCAUACUUUGAAUUUAAUUACAGGUAGUAGACCAACCUCUAUCUAAUCUUUGCUUCUUUCUAGCAUUUAAUGUAGAGAAUUUUUUCAUGAAUAAUCAGCAGUAUUUCGGGACCUAUAUUAUCCCUUAUUUGUUUAAUCAAAUCUUAACCCUUGUGGAAAAUUAAAGAUGUGUAAUUCUAUGUACUUCUGAUCCAAAUGUAUCACUGAGAGGUUUUUGUCGUGAUAUGAAAUAACUUAUUUGGUCUUACACAAUCUGAAAUGAGGGAUACGUUUUAAAGAAUGUGUGUAUACAAAUGUAUAUAUGAAUUUAUAAACAUACAUGUAUACAUGCAUGAACCUUUUACUUCCUAUUGUUUUAUCUCUCUUUAGGAACUAUGUAGCAUAAGAAAAGCCAACGAUAAAAUGCCUUCAUCCUUUGCUAUACAGAAGGUUCUCAGAUACCUGUUAUUGAAACAAAACUCCUAAUCUUUUUAAAAAUCUGAAGCAGCUUGGGGGUUUCUUCAAAGGAUCAGGGUGGGGGAACAUUCUAAUAAUGUUAAGAAAUGAGGUCACAUGAAUAAAUUUUUUUAUGAAAUGAAA